CUUAAAGCGUACAAAUAUAUGUCUUGUUUACUGGUGUGAUAAUUCUACAAUAAUUGAAAUUCUUUGAUUUACCGGUUUGUGUAGCUCAAAAUUUGGGCGAAACGUUUAGGGUUUUCAUAGUGGCAAAAUCUGUUAAUUUUUUCCAGUGAAAUUGAAAUGCAUUUUUGUAUUUGGCAAAAACUUUAAUCUAAUGCAUUGACAAAACAUGUUGGAAAUGGAUACAGCAAUUAGAGAUGAGGAUUCCAAUCACAAUAUGGCAACAUCAGCAUCCAAUAACAGUUCUGCUGUAUCCACGAUUUUACAGAUGUGUCAAUCAAGCUGCACUGAUUACGUGGGGGUUCUGCCUCCACCUCACAUCGACAUGGUAAGCGUGAAUAGCGUUGAACUAAAUGCUCAAACAUCUUUAAGUGAUGAUUCUGGCGUGCCACUUACGACUAACAGUUCAAUAUCUAGUGGAGACUCAUAUAGAAUGGGAUUAUGUAAACAUGACAUUGAUAUUGUGGAAAGUGAUGGUGAAGUCUCUCAGUUUGAUUCUCUAGAUAAUUGUUCAGAGGCUGGCAUGAGUGCGGAAAAUUUUAAUACAUUAAAAAAAGGACCUUUAGCACCAAUAGAUCCUCCACUAGAGUUUCAGGACUCACCAAAUAUAACAAUUGGCCGAUGCAUUAUGCAAAAACUACGACGAUUAUCUUCUUCACACUCUUCUUUGGAACAUUCAAAAGAUUCUGAACAUAAUGAAAAUAGUAUUAACGGGGACAGAAUUUUUUGUAAAGACUCCGACGUAGAAGCCUCACCCCAAUAUUUUGCGAAGUCGCACAAAGAAGUUUACCUCAUAAAGAAACCAAUAUACUCAAGUGAUUCCAUUCUAAGUAAUAAAGUAGAAAAUGUGUAUGACGAGCCAAGCAACCUGAUAUGUAAUUUCGCUUUUAAUAAUGCUGAAAAUUUUGAGUUAAAUACGUCUUCAAAUGCACUGUUAUUACCACAAACUUCACAUCCCCCGGAGAGAGUAAAAAGAGACAUUUGUCCAUAUUAUCAAGAUCAUUCUAUGUAUUUUAAGGCAAUACCGUCAGAUCAAGAUAGUGUUAUAAGUGCUGUUAAGAAGUUUAAUACAUUUGGGCUCUCAGAAAUCCAUGAUUAUGAUCUCUAUUAUGGAAUUAGGCGAAACACCUUUCAAGGUGAAAACGGUUUACAAAAAAAAGUUUUGUACAGUCCUCGUAAAGUAACGAAUUAUUGUCAUAACCAUCAUAUAUAUACAGGUCCAAAUGGGUGCACCAAUCGACCUAAUUCUCGCAAUUCUUUGAACAGUCGUCUUUCGAGUUCACAUAAUUCAUUAAGCACUUCAUCGGCAAAUAAACCAGACGAUUCGAUAUUCAUUACUCAAGCAAUGUCCCACGAUGCAUUACUUACUCGGGAAAUAUCUGAUUUUUAUAACGUGCCCAUAGAUUCAGAUAUAUACGCUCUACCAAUAGAUAUGAUAAAAACGGAUAAAAAUAACAGCAUAGUUGAGUACAAAGAAGAUAAGCUUACGGAUUAUAGAAAAAUAAAUAAUUUAAUAUUCUCUGAAGAAGACUAUUAUAAGCAUUCUAAACUAAGUCGUAAAAAUAAUAGAAACAAACGGAAAAAACGAAACAGUGAUACUUACGAAAAUGAUAUAAAAUAUGAUAAUUAUAAGUUCACUUCAAAUGCUUUCAAAUUAAAAAAUAGAAAGCCAGCUUUUUUGAAUGAAACUGAGGAUUAUGGCACGCAUAGAUUUUCUAAUACUCAAUUAGAUUUGAAUCCACCUCAAGAACGACUCCAUAUGACUUUGAGCGAAGUAAAAAAAUAUUAUCAAACUAUUUAUACCAGAACAAAAAACCGGACAAGUAUUAAUAACGAACCUGAUAAAAAUGCUUUCAAAAAACAGUCCGAAUGCACGAAAGGUAAUGAUUCAUCCCCACGUUCCAGGCCUAAUCUUUGCUCUAUCGGAGAAAAUGUUUCUACAGAAUGUAAAGUAACCACCAGAACUUUCAAAAGCUAUAACGAAAAUAAUGAUAAAAUCAAUAACAACAAUAUAAAUAACAUCGUGUUGGCCAAUAAUUAUAGUAUUACUGAAAACCAAAUGAUAAAAGUUGAGGAAGUGGAUUUAUCUUCUCAUGUCAUACGAAGCGAGAAGAAAACACAAUUUUCACUAAAUUUAAAACAAAAGUUUUGUAAUAUAUUUCGAAUUCGACGAACACAACCACAAUGUCAAACGAACCCGCCCGGUAUUGAAGAAAAUAACAGUAAUCGCGAACGAAGAAGCACUGCAGAAAAACACAAAAAAUUUCAGUCUAGAGCAUUGCCCCCAUUACCCAAGAAGACUGAGUCUUAUAUAGAGCAAAGCAAAGGAAACUCCACAAAAAAAGAGGAAGCAAGGUCUCUUCAAUUCACUUCUAGCAUUGAGAAAGUUAAGGAUUAUGGAUGGUACUGGGGUCCAUUAUCAAGUGAGGCCGCGGAGAAAGUCCUUUCAACAGAAUCAGAUGGAAGCUUUAUUGUACGUGACAGUUCUGACGAUCAUUACAUUUUUUCCCUAAGUUUUAAACUAAAUAAUAGUGUUCGUCAUGUUCGAAUAGAACAGGAUCAAGGGACGUUUUCAUUCGGUUCAUAUGCAAAAUUCAAAUCACAGACUAUCACAGAAUUCAUCGAAAAGGCAGUCGAGCAUUCAAGAAGUGGAAGGUAUCUAUUUUUCCUUCAUAGAAGACCAGAGCAUGGCCCAAUGAGAGUGCAGCUAACAAACCCAGUUUCAAGAUUUAAGCACGUCCAAAGUUUGCAGCAUAUGUGCAGAUUUGUGAUCUUAAAAACUGUUAUACGUAAAGAUUUGAUACAAACGUUGCCGUUACCGAGAAGGCUUUUAGACUAUCUUAAUUAUAGGCAUUGUUUCUCUGAACAAAUUGAAAUAGACAGUUCACACGUUCAGAUGCCCGAGUAGAAAAUGGACGGCUAAUUGGAAAUACAUAAAUAGAAAGUAUGACAUACAUAUUAUGAACGCAAAAAUAGCGUUUAGAAAUGUAAUAGAAUUUCGGCGGUAUAUAUAUUUAAUUUAUUGUUGUAACUUUUUGUAAAAACAUAUUCUAUAAUAUCUCUAUAAAUAUGGGAUAACUGAACCAGACUGCCUCUGAAUUUAAUUUCUUUCCCUUGAAGUACGAUAUGUAUAUACACUUUUAUUUAUUGCAAGAACUUUAAAUAUAAAAGUAAUUUUUGUUAAAUAUUAAGUUGUUAUGCCAUACUUGGUGAAGUACAAGUAUUUCAAUAUAUUAUGUUAAAUUUUA